AUGAGAUUUAAUCUAGGUAAAUAUGAUGAAAAACGUGAUAUAGCUGAACAAUUACGUCAUUAUUUAAAAGAACAAAUGAUUACACAUAAGAUUUUAAAUGGAUUUAUUGAUGUACUUGUUGCUAAUGAUGUUUAUGAUGGUAUUAAUUCAUUAAUGCAAAUUAGUGGUGUUGGUGGAUUUCGUCCAAAUACGGUACAAAAAAGGAGAGUUUAUUUUUGGAAUUGAUACUAGAAAAUAUUGAUCUAAUGUCAAACACGAGUUUAAAUUAUGAAACCAAUUGCUAGACAAUGGAUCGUUCAAGUUUGAUGAAAGAAUAGUAUUCUCAUAGUGUUUUAUGUCGCUUCAAAAGUGUACAGAAAAGUUUUUUGCCAUAUUUGACGAGAGAAUCUUUUCAAGAUAUUUCAUUCUUGAGAU